AUGGAACCCAGCUCCGGCUUCUACUGGGACCCUGUGCUGGUGCUGGACUUCAAAGGCAUGUACCCGUCCUUGAUCGUGGCUCACAAUCUGUCCUUCGACACCUGCCUGGGCCACUCGAGGCGCACUGCAGAAGGACCUACGUGCAGCCUGGGAGUGAGUCACCCUUGGCAACUGGGAGCGGGCGAUGCAGCAAAUGUGGCUGCGCUCUUUGGCCCCAGCCUGGAGGAUGAGGCGCUGGACUCGCCGGUUCGUUUGGCUGCCAGUGGCAGCAUCUUCGUUGGCCCUCAGGUGAAGAGGGGCUUGCUUCCCUUGAUGCUGGCGGAGGUGCUGCAGAUGCGCGCGCAGACCAAGCGCCUGGCAAAGCAGAAGUCCACCUCGCCGGCAGUUGCAAAGCGGCUGGAGCACAAGCAGUUCGCCUUGAAGUACUUCGCCAACGUGACCUAUGGUUAUUCAUCGGCCUCUUUCAGCGGCCGUAUGCCCUGCGCCGAGCUGGCGGACGCCAUCGUGGCCACCGGGCGCCGUGCCCUCGAGGAGGCCGCCAACUUCAUCGAGGCAAAUUGGGCAGGGGCCAAGGUCAUUUAUGGAGACACGGAUUCCGUCUUCGUGCAGUUGAAGGGCUACUCCCUGGAGGAGGCCUUCCAAACUGGCCGGAAGAUCUGCGCCGAGGUCUCCGCAAAGCACCCGGCCCCGGUGGAGUUGGAGUUCGAGAAGGUCUACCUUCCGUGCCUUUGCCUCACCAAGAAGCGCUACGGCGGCUUGGCCUACGCCAAGCCACCCUCAGAGGGCGGCAGCGGCGUCUUCGAGGCCAAGGGGCUGGAAGCCAUCCGUCGGGACCAGUGUCGCAUGGCAAGCAACGUGCAGAACGAAGUCCUGAACGAGUUCUUCCGGACGAAGGACUUGUCUGCAGUGAAGCGCAUCUUUGUGGCUCACGCCACCGACCUUCUCAAAGGUAGCCGCCACACGGUGGCGGAUCUAUCCUUCUUCAGGGAGGUUCGUCUUGGCACAUACCGGGCAGAGGCUGAGGAUGGCGGCUCGGCCACUCUGCCGCCGCAGGCCGCGGUGGCUAUGAGCAAAAUCGCGGCAGAAGGUGAGGCGGCGGCCCCUGAGUACGGGGAGCGGGCCUCCUUUGCCGUGUCGCUGGGCAACAUAGGUGCCAGGCUCGUGGACCGAAGCGUGCCGCCGCCGGCCCUGGCAGAGGCUGCGGAUUCACAGAUUGUUUUCGGGGGACGGGAGGGUGGCAUGGAGUGGACAGGCCCAGUGGUCGUGCGGCAGCCGCCGGAGAUGCUGUCCCAGUUGCCUAUGCGGCCCGCUUUAAGAUCGCCCGUUUCCACUGCCCAGGGAGGCCGCGAUGGAGGCCAAGCCACGCUGCCGCGCAUGCUGCGGGUGGCGUCAGCGCCAGUGCAGCUGAUGGAGGAACCCUCAAGGCAUGCGCAGCCCCUCCCCUGGGUGGUGCAGCAGCCAGGCGCUGUGGUUCUCACCUCUGGGCGUGCGAGCGGCGACUGGGUGGAGCUCCUCUUUGCCCAUCUCCGGACCGGCUGGGCCCCGCUGCGCGCCUUCGCGGCGCUGUGGGAGGCCGGCUGCCAUGGCGAUGUUGCGGAAGACGCAGGAGGAAUGCAGAAUGCGAUCCAGAGCCACCAGAGUGCCAUGCUGCGCGUGGCGCUGGCCCCGGCCCUGGCAUCGCCUCUGGAGCCACUUCCAAGUUUUCGGCUGGAGCAGCGGGGGCAGCAGGCGCACGUGUGGCUACCGGAUGACUUCCGAGCUCCUCUGCCUCUGCUGAUCGUCCUGCACGGCUCCAGGCCUCUGGACUGGGACUUCCUGUCCUUCACCGAGCGAUGGUGUAAGGACGCAAAGGAACGCACCGUGGCCAUCAUCGUGCCGGAGUCUCGGGGACCCACCUGGGAUUACCUCCUCACUUGCCAGAGGGAGGACAUGGAUUUCAUGGAGUUUGCCAUCAACGAAGUCCGACGGCUGGUGCCCAUCGACGACCGGCAGAUCGCCGUCAUGGGCAUGUCCGACGGGGCGUCCUUGGGCCUGUCCAUGGCGCUCCGGAACCCCAAGGUCUUCGAAGCAGCGCUGGUCCAGGCCACUGGGUUUUACAUCGAGCCGAGAGAUCGAGACACCAAGCCGAGGAUCUAUAUGGAGUACGGCACGAAGGACAAGCUCUUCGGCCCGGAAACUGUGGCGCUGCCAAACCGCGAUCGGCUGAGAGCUGCCGGGUACCAAGUCGAGUUUGCCAUGAUCCCUGGGGCAGGACACAUGGUGCAGGAGCGGUUCUUCGCAGCUGCGCUGGACUUCUGGCUUUGCCCAAGCGCAGCUUGCAAGCGCGCCACGUGA